AGGAAUGAUAAGGUUCUACAAUAGCCGCUCAAACCGUACCGGUCACCAACGCAAAUGUACACACAUAUAUAGAAAAUUUAAAAAUAAUUUCGUGAGUGGUAGAUAGGCACAAUGCAUGAUUGAAUUCACUGAAGGAUGUAUCGAGUGUGGUUGUUCUUUUUGGCGGCAGUGGGAGGCAGCUGCGUGUAUGCAGAGCAAAACAUCACUGUUAUACGUAUGCGAUUAGACUUCGAACAAGAACACCGGCUGACUGUAGACCACACGGUCGAGUAUAUCCUGCAGUUCAGGCCAAGUCAAUCAGAUGCAGAGUUUCCGAGUAGAGUGUGGGUGAGCAGCCUCGCCGGCGACUUGAGCAGACCGGUGCUCAUUACUUACCGACAAAGAGCAGGAGCGGGCACAUGGCAACUGCCGUACGAGUCGGGGGACACGCUACAACACGAGUUCGAGAGGACGCUGUGUCCCGACGACGCAGCCAGCUACAACCAGUCUAGCUACUGCGAAGAUGCGGAGGUACAGCAAGAGGCGCGCGGCGAGUUCUCGCUGCACGUGGUGUCGGCGUGCGCGCGCGGCGCGGCGCUGCGCCUGCGCGUGUCGGCCGCCCGCGACUGGCGGCUCCACUACGAGAGGGCGCAACAUGUUUUUAUUACAUUGACGGCGCCCCGGGUGCAUCACUACCGGUUCGCGGACGAGAAGAAUGUGCGGCUUGUAAUAUCGUCUACAGACGACGUGUGUGCCAUUAUUGCCGUCCAGAACAUUACUUGCCCUAUCGGCGACAUGUUGAAUGACGUGCAGAGUUGGUCACAACGGAUGACGGUGCAGCGUUCGGGCGCAGUCCAACUUUCGCGCGCCAACUACCCACAUGGAUUUUACAUUGUGGCGUUGGUUCAAAAUACUGACUCGCCGUGCACUGGUGAGACCGAAGAGUCACAGGAUUGGCUGUGGCAGGAGAUACUCGGGGAUUUCCAUGUAGCUCGUAAUCCACUUCCCAGGAUUAAGGCACUAGACCUAGAGAUCAAGCCAUCACUGACAAUAUCGCAGUACGUGCUAGCCACAGCGGUAACUACGGCACUGUUCCUGGGUUUCUACGUGGCGUUCUUCUUGCUGGUGCUGGCGCAGCGCUGGUCGCCCUUCGCCAAGAUGGUGCGCCCUCGCGCUGUACUCGCGUCAGAUAUUCAGAACGGGGGUCAGACUGAAGUGGACGGCGGGCCACGGCAACGACAACGGCGUGACUCUACCGCAACAUUUGACAGCAGUGAUAUGAGCGACUCUGAUGAAGAACCGACUCCAGUUACGAGAACCACAAAUGCGUCCCCCACCACGCCCGCGUCUCCUGCUUCUCCCACGGCAGCUGUCCCCCCCUCCAUUACCCCCGCGUCUCCCGGCACCCCUGAAUCGCGCGAUACCGUUGACGGCCCCGCGUUGAAUGGGGCAACGACACAGGAGAAUGGAAGAGAAACUCAAGCAGAGGAACCAGUUCGUCCGUUCGGCCUGCCAGCUCGGCUGCGACUGGCGGCGCUGGCCCGCCGCCGCGGCCGCGUGGUGGCGGCGCGGUCGGACCGCUACCUCCACACGCUCUACACUGUGGCGGUGUUCUACGCGCUGCCUGUCAUACAGUUCGUCACCGCAUUUCAAGUCUUCCUUAACGUAUCCGGCUCAUUGGACACAUGUUACUACAACUUCUUAUGCGCGCACCCCGCCGGGGACCUCAGCGACUUUAACCACGUCUUUAGUAAUACUGGCUAUCUUCUACUUGGGGCACUGUUCCUGCUGCAAGUGAGAAGGAGAAGGAACACACGGAAACUGCAGCCCAGGCAUGAGGAUUACGGCAUCCCGGCCCACUAUGGGCUGUUAGAGGCGCUAGGUGUCGGCAUGAUGGUGGUCGCGUUACUCUCCGCCAGCUACCACGUGUGUCCCAACAGACUCAACUUUCAGUUCGACACGGCAUUCAUGUACGUGCUGGCAGUACUGAGCAUGGUGAAGAUCUACCAGUCGCGGCAUCCGGACGUCAACGCGCGCGCGCACGCCACCUUCGGAGUGCUCGCCGUGCUCAUCGCGCUGGUGGUGUGGGGCGUGCUAGGCGGCGGCCCGCUGUUCUGGGGGCUAUUUACGGUUCUACAUAUCUUCGGCUUCUUGUUGCUCUCAUUACGUAUCUACUAUCUGGGACAAUUUCGCUUUGAGAAGCAGAGUUUGCAGACGGCAGCGCUACAGUUAUCGCGGCCUCCGCUGUAUACGCCGCGCCUCGUGGCUCUGCUUGUAGCCAAUGCUCUCAACUGGGCCUUCGCACUUUAUGGGUUAUUCACACAAGACGGGGACUUCGCGGGCCACCUGUUGACUUUGCUGCUAGGGAACACGCUGCUACAUCUCAUGUAUUACUUGGCCAUGAAACUCUUCAACGGUGAACGUCCAAGAUGGUACGCGUGGUGCUACGUAGCUGGCGCGUCAGCGGCGUGGGCGCCGGCGCUGUACUUCUUCCUGGCGGGAAGCACCGACUGGUCGGCCACUCCUGCGCAAAGCAGACAUCUCAACCACGAGUGCCGCGUCCUCAGAUUCUACGACUCCCAUGAUCUAUGGCACUUCCUCUCCGCGAUAGCUCUCUAUCUAACAUUCAACGUGUUCCUCACGUGGGACGAUGGACUGACGGCUGUCAAGCGAACCGACAUAGCUGUAUUUUAACUUAGUUUGUUUACAAUAAAAAUUUAUAUUAUUUUUUAAA